AUGGGGUACAAGAAUGCCCAGGUACAAUGUAAAACCUGCUUACAGAACCAGCGAAGGCUCACUUUAGUACAAUAUGAUCAAAGUGGCCAUAAUGUUGGUCCACGGGAAGGCCUCGACCCCACCACCUUGACCCACCCGCUGGAGCUCGAUCGAGCAGCUCAGGACGCUGAGGAGCGUCAGGCAAAGCAGGAGCCCGCAGACCCUGUAAGCGACAGCCCCCCUGAGCGCAGCCUGCAGAAGAAAAGCCAGCUGCGCCACCGGUUCCUGCUCCUUCCUUCUGCUAUUCCUGGUGGACUUUCAGUGCAGCCACUCCCGCAGAGGCGGCAGCUGCCUUCCCCAAGGCAGGUGGAGGUCUUCCACAAGCACCUGAGCACCAGGGGCUUGCCGUCAGGAGUGCUCGGUGCUGAGCUGGGAAUUCCACUUCCCUCAUCACUGAAGGUUCUACCUCCUGAUCCGACCCUUCAUUCCUCCCCGGGGGCCCUUCAGGCAGUGAAAGGAAGGCCAAGAAGUGAGGGGGUUCUGCCAACCAUCACAGAGAGAGCCAGUCACACCUCAUCAGCGGUGCCAACUUCACAGACAGGCGAGAGCCAGGUGACCGCCCAACUCAGGCCCCCUACCACGGUUACAACCAAGCCAGACAGCAGUCAGCCUAGGACCCAGGCAAACCCUGGCCCCGGCAAGGACAUCCCACUGGAGGACACGGCCACUCCCCUCGCUGACCAGCCGACAGCAACCCCAGCCAUGGCUCUUCCUGGGAAGAGCUCCAAAGCAGCUGGGGUGGUGUCGACAAUGGAAGGAAGCACAGAAGCAAGUACCAGCACAAUGGUCACCACCACCGUGACCACCUCUCUGCCAACCACAGCUCCAUGCAGCAUAACAUUCUCAAGCUCUGAAGGAUAUAUCGAUUCCAGUGACUAUCUUCCGCUGUCUGCCUACGGCUCUCUGCAGUGUACCGUUAAUGUCACUGUCUUCAUGGGAUAUGGAGUGGAACUGCAGGUUAAAACUCUGAACCUGUCUGAAGGAGAGCAGCUCUCCAUCCUUGGGCUGGAAGGUGGCAGCUGGAUCGUUCUGGCCAACCAGGUGCUGCUAGUUGAAGGUCAGGUGAUCCGAAGCCCGACCAAUACCAUUUCAGUGCAUUUCCGUUCAUUCCAGUAUGGAGGCAUUGGAUCGUUUCGGCUUCACUAUCAGAUUUUCAUGCUGAGUUGUAACUUUCCACGGCGACCCAAUUAUGGAGAUGUGUCCGUGUUGGAUUUGCAUGCCGAUGGUACUGCACACUUCCGCUGUAACCCUGGUUACCAGCUCCAGGGGCCAGACACACUGACCUGUAUGAAUGCGUCACAGCCACACUGGAACACCAAGGAGCCAAGCUGUCAAGCCCUCUGUGGUGGUACAAUAUCAAAUGCUACCAUUGGAAGAGUAUUGUCUCCCAAUUAUCCCGCAAACUACAGCAACAACUUAACCUGCACUUGGAUAAUCGAAGGCACCAAGGGGCAGAAAUUCCAUAUGCACUUUGAAAAGAUCUCCCUUGCUGGAAAAGAAGACAGGCUUGUCAUCGCGAGUGGACACAAUAGACACAGUGGAGACAGUACCUCCUCAACAGUGUUGUAUGAUUCCCUAAGGAAUGAGUACUUCCCAAUCGAAGGUUUGAUUACGAAUGGCCACCUUGUCCAGGUUGAGUUCACCUCUGAUGAAAUGCUGACAGCAGGUGGUUUCAACAUUCGAUACGAAGCCUUUGAGCGUGGACACUGCUUUGAGCCAUACAUGCAGAAUGGGAACUUCACAACAACUAAUCCCUCGUAUAGUGUCGGGGCAGUGGUGGAGUUCUCCUGUGAUCCUGGUUACACCAUGGAACAUGGCUCACCCAUCAUUGAGUGCAUCGACAUCAGGGAACCCUACUGGAAUGGGACAGAACCACUCUGUAGAGCUCUGUGUGGUGGAGAACUGAGCACCCAGAGCGGAGUCAUUCUCUCACCAAACUGGCCACAGCCAUACGAUGAAGGGGAAGACUGCAUCUGGAGGAUUCACGUUGGCGAGGACAAGCGUAUACUGCUUGAUGUUCAGCUCCUGAACCUCACCAACAGUGACAUAUUAUCCCUUUACGAUGGAGACGACUUAACCAUGAGGAUUCUCGGUCAAUUCGUCGGUAGCAACGCCCCGUUGAAGGUUUACUCCACCACUUCCGAUCUCACCGUCCGAUUCCAUUCCGAUCCAGCUGGCUUGAUUUUUGGGAAGGGCCAAGGAUUUAUCAUGAAUUACUAUGAGGUCUCACGGAAUGACACCUGCUCAGACCUUCCUGAGAUUCCCAAUGGCUGGAAAACCACUUCCCACAGAGAAAUGGUGCGAGGAACCUUGAUAACUUAUCAGUGUGACCCAGGGUAUGACAUCCUAGGAAGCGACACCCUCACCUGCCAGUGGGAUCUCACUUGGAGCAAUGAUCCUCCGUUCUGUGAGAAAAUAAUGUACUGCACAGACCCUGGAGAAGUGAAACAUGCCAGUCGUACGAUUUCAGACACCAAGCUGCUGGUGGGGUCCACAAUACAGUUCAGCUGUGAUCCAGGAUAUAUAUUGGAUGGAAACGCACUGGUGACCUGCUACAGCCGAGAGACAGGCACCCCGUUAUGGACAUCAAAACUACCACACUGUGCACCUGAGGAGUCAGUAGCAUGUGAAAACCCAGGACUACCACAAAAUGGCUACCAGAUUCUAUAUAAGCGUCUGUAUCUGCCAGGCGAGACGUUGACCUUCAUGUGUUACGAAGGCUUUGAGCUGGUUGGAGAGGUUACUAUCAGGUGCAUCAUUGCCCACCCAUCCCACUGGAGUGGGCCACUGCCUUCAUGUAAAGCUGCUCAGUACGGCUUCGAGCACUCUUUGGAAGCAGAGGCAGCUGCAGAAAGACCAAUGGAUGGUGGAAACAUGGCUCUGGCAAUAUUCAUCCCAAUCCUCAUCAUCUCCAUUUUGUUGGGAAGCACCUACAUUUACGUCACCAGGUGCAGAUAUCACUCGAACCUGCGUCUGCCUCUGAUGUCCUCUCACCCCUACAGUCAAAUUACUGUGGAAACGGCCUUUGACAAUCCCAUCUAUGAGACAGGACCAGCAGGCAAAGGUAAAUCUUUCCACACAAUUAAUCAAUGUCACUUUGAUGCCAAUGCCCAGGCAUGA